AUGAUGAUGUUGGUUUUGAUGUCGAUACGCGUUUUGGUGUCGUUCGCCAAUUUUGCGCCAAUCGCUGCCAAAGUCGAUUUUCGUCAAACGUCCGCAAAUAAGGCAUUUAUGGAAACGAUGCGACCCGAUGGUUAUGAAGUGGUUCAUCCGUUUCAAAUACGCGACAAAAAUGAACGAAUCGGAAUCGACACUCGCAACUAUUUUCUAAAAGCGCAAGAGCACUAUGCGCACGUGACGAUCGUCGUGCGAAGCACGCAACUCGGACGCCUCAAGUUGGUUCUCGAGAGGAACAAUUACAUUUUUCUCAAUCAGACCGCGUUUCACAAGCUCGACGCCGACGGCGAGCGCGUGAUUCCGACGCGAAUCGAGAAUUGCUACUAUCAAGGCACGGUUGGCGGCGAGCAAUCAUCAUUCGUCGCGAUUUCGUCGUGCAACGGACUACGCGGUGUGAUCUCAUUCGCCAACGGCACAACGUAUGGAAUUUGGCCGCUUGACGGCGCCGAUCGCAACAGUCGCCGACAUCCGCACAUUCUCUACAAGUGA